UCCUGACAGACCUUGUACACAACAGAAGUGAAUUCCUCCGCCUUCUUUACGUCCCCCUGUGUUGGAUGUGAAGCACUUUGAGCUGCUGUGUUGCUGAAAUGUGCCAUACAAAUUGAUUGAUUGAUUGAUUGGUCCGACUCAGCGAGGUGUCUCUUCCCCUUCUCAUCCAGCUGCAGAAAUCAUCUCAAACUGAGCCAAAGCCUUCACCGUUCUCACAGACCUCACUGUCGUUUCCAAGGCGUCUUUCAGACUGUGCACCUUGACGCCGCCUUCAUCACUUCUUCACAGCCUCUGCGCGUUAGAGCGCAGGCGUCCCUCCCUUUGCGUGAUGACGCAUUCCACAACGUCUGAGACGGGGCGAAAAUGGCGGAGUAUCUGGCGUCCAUCUUCGGUACAGAGAAAGACAAGGUAAAUUGUUCCUUCUAUUUCAAAAUUGGAGCCUGCAGACAUGGAGACCGAUGCUCAAGAUUGCACAAUAAACCAACCUUCAGCCAGACCAUCUUGAUCCAGAACAUCUACCGUAACCCUCAGAACAGCGCUCAGACCGCCGACGCCUCUCGCUGUGCCGUGAGCGAUGUGGAAAUGCAGGAACAUUACGACGAGUUCUUUGAGGAGGUGUUCACAGAGAUGGAGGAGAAGUAUGGAGAGGUGGAGGAGAUGAAUGUCUGUGAUAACCUCGGUGACCACCUGGUCGGCAAUGUCUAUGUGAAGUUUCGCCGUGAGGAGGACGCAGAGAAAGCGGUCAUGGACCUGAACAACCGCUGGUUCAACGCCCAGCCCAUCCACGCGGAGCUGUCCCCGGUUACCGACUUCAGAGAAGCCUGCUGCCGCCAGUAUGAAAUGGGGGAAUGCACCCGAGGAGGAUUCUGCAACUUUAUGCAUCUGAAGCCCAUAUCACGGGAACUCCGUAGGGAGCUCUACGGCCGCCGCAGGAAAAAGCACCGCUCUCGCUCCCGCUCCCGAGAACGGCGCUCCCGCUCCAAGGAUCGACGGCGGGGCGAUCGCGAGAGGCGGAAGUCCAGGGACCGGGAGCGGUCCGGGAGGUUCUGAAAGAGGCCGAGACUGAUGCAUUGAAUCCCCUACUUUCUAACCCCAGCAAUGUUUUUUUUUUCUUCUUCUUCUUUUUUUUCUUUUGGUGAAUUGUUGAAAUUUUGUUUUCAUUUUUUUAAAAAGAUAAGCUCGUGUUGCUUUCUCAAUAAAACACAUUUGUAACUGCA